CUUAGAAUAAAUCAUUAUAAAAAUAAACAAAUGUUGCCUUAAGGAUAAGUAAUACAAAUAACAGAUGGAUUAUAAACAUUGUGUUUUGUUUGGUUGUACAAAUGGCAGAGCCAUUAGCGUUUAUCAUUGCUACUGAAUAUUAAUGAGACGACGAGCGCUAGGCUCCGCCCACGUCCACAUCGAAAGCUCGGAGCUGUCAGUCAUCUGAGGAGCCGAGGACUUCUGAACGCAUCAUUUUACCGGUCUAUUAAAAAAAAAUUGGACAUCUAAGAAUCACACAUCAUCACAGUCUAGAGAAGACUGGCGAUGGAAGCAAAAGUGGGUGAAAACUGAUGGCCAAAAAUGCAAACUCGACUUAGUUCUUUAAAGAUGGGAUUGUACAUAACACUGAGCAGGAUCACCAAUUGCUUGAACCAAAGAGCAACUUGAACAGGGAUUCUGUUUGAACCUGGGUCUCUAAAUCUGUUGGACUACUAAAUAUUGUUGCUUCGCAGUGCUGAAUGCCUAGAAAAGGCAAAGAGAAGAAAGAGAAUGGCGAAGAUCUGUACAGAGCAAUCCUACCCAUCCAGGCCCAGGCUCUCGGACCGAGCCUCUGAAGAUGAACUGGACGAGACGAAUGGUGCAAGCAGGGCGCAUUCACUAUGUGAGGAAAACUCUGACAUGCAAGGCAUAAUUUCUUCUGCAACCAGCCAGUUUCAGGAAUCCAGGAGGAGCUCUUUUACAGGUGCUGGGGCCAUGGCAAGGCUCACCCAGUUUCUGCUAAGGCUGAGGAACUGGGCAUCACACAGAAUUCACAGAGAGGUUGAACGUCCCGACUCCUUUUUGGAGCGAUUCCGCGGACCUGACCUUAAAGACUUAUCUAGCCGUGGAAGUAAUGCCCGGUCCUCUAUUGGCCUUCCUGACAGGCCUCAUAAGAGGAAAAAAGCCAAACAGUGGCCUCUGGCAGCUUACAAUAUGAACAACUGCAAUAACACAGAUGACAAAAAGGAGGACAAAAAGGAAGAAAUAAAAAAAGAUGAAGACAAGAAGGAAGAGAAAAAAGAUGAGAAGGAAGAGAAAAAAGAUGAGAAGGAAGAGAAAAAAGAUGAGAAAAAAGAUGAAAAGGAUGAGAAAAAAGAUGAGAAAAAGGAUGAGAAAAAAGAUGAGAAAAAGGACGAAAAGAAGGAUGAUAAGAAAGAUGAUAAAAAGAAAGAUGCUCCUCCUCCGCCGAAAGAAGUGUGGAUCAUGGACCCAGCCUCAGACAAGUAUUACAGAUGGCUUUCAGUCAUAGCAGCCCCAGUGUUUUACAACCUGAUGAUGCUGGUCACAAGGGCCUGUUUCAACGAGCUUCAGAAUUCUUACACGAUGCUUUGGAUCAUCAUGGACUAUACCUCAGAUGUAAUCUAUUAUGCAGACACAUUUGUCAGAUCAAGAACAGGCUUCUUGGAGCAGGGUCUCCUUGUCAAAGACUCUAAGAAGUUGAUGAAUCAUUACAGGACGAUCCCACAGUUUAAAUAUGACAUGUUUUCAAUGAUCCCGACGGAUAUAAUAAUGCUGAAAGUGGGCUUCAACAAUCCCGAACUUCGCUUCAACCGCCUUUUCAAAAUGGCACGCCUCUUUGAGUUCUUCGACCGCACGGAAACCCGAACAAACUACCCGAACAUUUUCCGCAUCAGCAACCUCGUACUUUACAUCCUGAUUAUUAUUCACUGGAACGCUUGCAUUUUCUUUGCCAUUUCCAAAACGAUUGGCUUUGGGACUGACACGUGGGUAUAUCCAAACAUCAGCCAUCCAGAAUACGGCCGCUUGGCUAGAAAAUACAUCUACUGUCUGUACUGGUCCACUCUUACUCUCACCACCAUCGGAGAAACACCACCUCCUGUUAGAGACAUUGAAUACUUGUUUGUCGUCAUGGACUUUCUCAUCGGAGUGUUGAUUUUCGCUACCAUCGUCGGUAACGUCGGUGCCAUGAUCUCCAACAUGAACGCUUCUCGUGCUGAAUUUCAGGCCAAGAUUGACUCCAUCAAGCAGUACAUGCAGUUCCGUAAAGUCAGCAAAGACCUGGAGGCCAGGGUCAUCAAGUGGUUCGACUACCUUUGGACGGAGAAAAAGACUUGCGAUGAGAAGGAAGUCCUGAAGAACCUUCCAGACAAACUCAAAGCUGAAAUAGCCAUUAAUGUCCAUUUAGAUACACUGAAGAAGGUGCGAAUCUUCCAGGAUUGUGAAGCUGGACUUCUUAUCGAGUUGGUGUUGAAGCUGCAGCCUCAGGUGUUCAGUCCUGGAGAUUAUAUAUGUAAAAAAGGGGACAUUGGUCGAGAAAUGUACAUUAUCAAAGAAGGAAAGCUUGCCGUGGUGGCCGAUGACGGCAUCACGCAGUUUGUGGUGCUCAGUGACGGCGCUUACUUCGGAGAGAUCAGUAUCCUCGGAAUCAAAGGCAGUAAAGCCGGAAACAGAAGAACGGCAAACAUUCGUAGCGUCGGCUAUUCGGACCUCUUCGCGCUGUCUAAAGAUGACCUCGUGGAAGCGCUUACCGAAUACCCAGAUGCCAAAAAAGCCCUGGAGGAGAAAGGAAAGGCCAUCUUAAGAAAGGACAACCUUCUUGACGAGGCGAUUGCGGGCGCCGGUGCCGAUCCCAAAGAUCUGGAAGAGAAGAUUCACCGCCUCGAGAGCAACCUUGAAGUCAUGAUGGGCAAGUUCGCCAAGCUUAUGGCAGAAUACACAUCCUACCAGAGCAAGAUGAAACAGAGGAUCACCAACAUGGAGGGCAAAGUGAAAACACUUCGGGUGGAAGAUCUAUCUGAGGUUGUUGAGGACAAAAAAGAAGAAGAGAAGAAGACCAAAUAGGCAACAGCAUAGACAUCGGGGUUAAUGGGGUUUCCUAUCCAUGGACAUAUUUCUUAACAUAGUACAUUACUUUUAAAAUGUUUAUACUUAUUUAUAAGUUUUACAUGACAAUGUUGUACUAAUUGCCAUAUAUAUAUAUGUGUUGAAAUGUAAUGCUGAUGUAUUUAUUCAAUAUGUGCAGUAAGAACAGAUCAGAUGACAGACAGGGAAGAGAGAUACACUACCGUUCGAAAGUUUGGGGUUUUAAAAUGAUUGCAUAUUUUUAAAACAAUGUUUAUUAUGCUCACUCAGGCCGUAUUUAUAUUUACGGGAAAAAUAUUAAUACCCUGAAAUAUUAUCACAAUUGAAAAUAUUUUCUUAAGAUUUUUCUGUAUGAACUUAAUGCAAAAUGUAAUUUAUGCUGACAGGGGUGCGCAAGAAGCAUUUCACAUCAUGAUCAGCGCUGAUGCAUAAACACUAUACAAAUGUCUUUACAUUUAUUAACUCAUUAAAACUGCUUGGCAUUAUAUCUUUGGCUACUUUGUAACAUUAGUGUUUCUUUGUGGUUUCUGUCAAAAACGUGGCCAAAAAGGCACUUUGUAAUGGAUGAGGUCUACAUUUAUAGGUCAGACUCUUUAAUUUUUGAUUUGGUGCAAGUAUGAAAAAAUAUAUUUUAAAUGAGCAUUUAAUUACUCUGACAAUGAUGUUCUGAUUCUGCGCAUUAAACAAUUAUAUUAAUAUUAACGAUUACAUAAAUUUCAUAAUAUGGCUAAUAGCAAUGUUUGAAAAACAAGUCAACAUGGACAAAGCUAAAAUCAUCCCCAACACAAGCCAAAACAUUUUAGUAUUUAUUAUCCAAGAGUACCCAAAAUGUGUUCUUUAAUAAAUGUUCUAACAACUGUUGUUUGCUUGUCAAUGCAUUUCUUUUAAAAGUAAUAUUAUUCAGUGGACUACAAAAGCUGGACUGGAAGUUCUCAAAAUACCAGGCAUGUAUUGUGUGUGCAUGUCAUUUUAGGGACCACAAACUGUACUCAUAGAGAAAAUCUGAUAUAGAAAAGGUGAAACAGUGCAUGUCCAAAUGUAGUGCUGACAAAGGAUUAAUCGCGAUUAGAAGCAUCCAAAAUAAAAGUUUGUUUAUAUAUGCAUGUAUACUGUGCAUAUUUAUGCAUAAAUAUGAACAUAGACUUGUAAACAGAUUUUUAUUUCCUUGUAAAAUAUAUAUAUUUUUUAAAUAAACAUGCAUGUGUUUUUAUAUAUAGAUAAUAAAAUGAACAGAAUACACACCACACAUACAUUAUGCAAACAAAAGCUUAUUUUGGAUUAAUAGAAUGCAGUUAAUCGUUUGACAGCAACUAUAAUAAUAAUUGCAUAUAAUUAUUUUUUUUAUUAACUGACCCGUUUGAUGCUAGACACCAGGCAACUUAAUCCUAAAGUGACUAAAAUCUUUUUUUAUUAAAAGCUAAACUAUGUUUAUAAAAGAGCUAAAGUAUUUAGGC